AUGCAAGAAGAAAUCAGAGCGCUGCUCGCUGGCGCCUUCAGCGACGCCGAAAUCGACCUGAACCUGGACGGCAAUCGUGCCCUGAUUGAAAUUGUCAGCAGCCACUUUGAUGGCAUGAGUCGAGUGCAGCGACAGCAGGCGGUUUAUGCGGUAAUUGCCGACUAUAUAGCCGAUGGGCGUGCUAAAAACUCCACUCUGCCCAUUCUGGCCGGCACCCUCCUGACUGAUGAGCCCGUGCUGGUUCGUAAUGCGCCUCACCUCCACGAUGUAACAACCAUGAUCGAGCUGCUCGGCACGCUGGGUGCGCAGGUUGUGAUUGAUGAGAAGUUGAAUGUGGAGGUCUGUGCCAACAACCUAACUCAGCUUUGUGCGCCUUACGAGCUGGUCAAGACGAUGCGUGCAUCUUUCCUUGUGCUGGGCCCUCUGCUGGCAAAACAUGGCCGGGCACAGGUUUCGCUGCCUGGUGGCUGUGCGAUUGGUUCGCGGCCGGUAGACCAACACUUGAAAGGCCUUGAGGUAUUGGGUGCUAAGGUUUCGGUAUCAGAUGGCUAUGUCUAUGCCGAUGCACCGGACGGUCUAGUCGGCGCUGACGUCUAUAUGGACCUGGUCACUGUCGGCGGUACCGAGAACCUCAUGAUGGCGGCCUGCCUUGCCAGCGGAACAACGCGGCUGCAAAACGCAGCCCGAGAACCGGAAAUAGUGGAUCUUGGCAACUUUCUCAACACGCUGGGCGCUCGAGUUAAGGGUCAUGGUACAUCAACGAUUGAGAUACAGGGCGUUGCUAAAUUACACGGUGGCGAACACCGGGUGAUGGCUGAUCGAGUAGAGGCUGGAACCUAUCUUAUUGCGGCGGCUGCAACUCGUGGCUCGAUAAAACUUGUUGAUGUAGAGCCUGAUACCCUCGGUGCGGUGCUGGAAAAACUGCAGCAGGCAGGUGCGAGCCUGACAAUUGGCGAUAAUUGGAUUGAGCUGGAUAUGCAGGGUAAACGCCCGCUUGCGGUAGACAUCGAGACCACGCCUUAUCCUGGUUUUCCAACGGACAUGCAGGCACAGUUCAUGGCGCUGAAUGCUGUUGCGCAAGGGACGUCAGCGAUUCGAGAAAAUAUAUUUGAAAAUCGCUUCAUGCACGUGCAGGAAAUGAAUCGGCUUGGCGCUGACAUUGAACUGCACGGCCACUCGAUGGCUGUGGUUCAUGGCACCGAUAAGUUGCGCGCCGCGCCGGUCAUGGCGACGGAUUUGCGGGCGUCUUCCAGUUUAGUGAUUGCCGCUCUUGUGGCCGAAGGCACAACGAUCAUCGAUCGGAUUUAUCACAUCGAUCGUGGCUACGAAACCAUUGAAGAAAAACUACAGCAACUCGGCGGUAGUGUUCAGCGGGCCGUUAUGGGAUUAAUCAUUGCGCUUAAUAAAGGGCGUAUUUUUAAAGAAUGCCUGCCACUGCUGGCGGCAUGUGAUAUUGCGCCGGAUGAAGAUCCGGAUGCAUCACGCAAGCUCAUCUUCGAAACACGCACUGGUGGGCACCAGAUUAUUGUCGCGCGCAGUGCAGACGUACCUACCUAUGUGGAAUAUGGUGUUGCGGACAUCGGUAUCACUGGUAAAGACACUAUCCUGGAAUACGGUGGUGCUAUGGGUUUCUAUGAGAUGCUUGACCUUGGCAUCGGUAAAUGUCGCAUGAUGACCGCCGGCCCAGUCGGUGUACCGGAACCUUCAGGGGUGCUCCGGGUUGCUACAAAAUUCAUUAACAUCACCAAAGAUUAUUACCGCCAGCAAGGUCGGCAGGUAUCGCUGAUCAAAUUGUCCGGGGCGAUGGAAAUCGCGCCGUUACUGAACCUGUCAGACACCAUUGUGGACAUUGUUGAUACUGGAAAUACGCUGGUUGCCAACGGUCUCGAAGCGCGUGCAACUAUUUGUGAUAUCAGUACCCGCCUGAUUGUUAAUCGCGCCUCGAUGAAAACCAAGUUUGAUGAGGUGAACGCGUUGAUUGGCCAGCUCGCUAUCCGUACGCAGGGUGAUCAGGCGCUGUUGGCGCUGAGCAAUAAAUUCGAUCAGCUGGCGUUUUUGAAUGCCGAGCAACUUCGGGUGAGCCAUGAUGAGUUGCAGGCUGCCAAAGCGAGGGUGGCACCUGCGGAUCUGCGCGCCCUGCAACAAGCUGCACAACGCAUUGCCAGUUAUCAUCAACAUCAGAUCGAACAAUCCUGGUCCUAUGUUGAUGAUCUCGGCAAUCGGCUUGGGCAGAAAAUCACCCCCCUGGAACGGGUUGGUGUAUAUGUCCCGGGUGGUAAGGCAAGUUAUCCAUCGAGUGUUCUGAUGACGCUGAUCCCCGCAAAAGUUGCCGGUGUUGGCGAAUUGAUUGUUACGGUGCCGACGCCUCAGGGUGAGCGCAAUGACCUGGUGCUGGCGGCGCUUGCUGAAGCGGGCGCCGAUCAGGUGUUUACCGUAGGAGGGGCUCAGGCGAUUGGUGCGCUUGCCUAUGGUACCGAUAUGGUGCCAAAGGUAGACAAGAUUGUUGGGCCGGGAAACGCGUAUGUAGCGGAGGCUAAACGGCAGGUGUUUGGGCAUGUCGGUAUUGAUGUGAUUGCCGGGCCAAGCGAAGUGCUGGUCAUCGCUGACGGGUCGACCGACCCACAAUGGGCGGCAUUGGAUCUAUUUUCCCAGGCUGAACACGAUGCCGCUGCUCAGAGUAUUCUGCUGUCGCCAGACAGUGAGUACAUCGAUGCAGUUGCUGCGGCUAUGAUGCAACUGCUACCAAAAAUGCAGCGACGCGAAAUAAUUGCUGCCAGCUUGCAGCAGCGUGGCGCGCUGAUAAAAACGGCAGAUAUGGAUGAAGCCAUUAAGUUGGCCAACCGGAUUGCCCCGGAACACCUCGAGCUUCUGGUGGCUGAUCCUGAACCCAUGGUUGACCGCCUGACCCAUGCCGGUGCCAUUUUCUGUGGCGCGUAUACUGCAGAAACCUUUGGAGAUUAUGUCGCAGGACCUUCCCAUGUGUUGCCGACGUUUGGCACCGCGCGUUUUGCAUCCCCGCUGGGUGUGUAUGAUUUUGUUAAACGCAGUUCGGUCAUCCAUAUGUCUGCUGAGGGUGCGGCUCAGCUUGCUGAUAUAGCGGUGCCACUGGCUACCGGUGAAGGCUUGCAGGCGCAUGCUAUGGCGGCGGCUGCACGAGCGGGUAACAGCUGGUCAGACGACAGCGCUGCCAGUUAA